AUGAGUUCUUUCGCAGGAAAAUCUACAGAUUUGGCCUCAAAGGCUAAGAAAUACAUGUCGAGCCCAGGCUCUGUUCAUAACGAAGAUCAAAAUUUCAGUAAUACUGAGCAAAACCGAACUGGUGGAAACUUUGAUAGCCGCUAUGGAAAUGAAGAACGCGGAUACAGUAAUGCCGAUCACAACGCUGCUCCCGAAUAUUCUCACCCUUCUCAAGGUGAUCCUUAUAGCGGACAGACAGCAGACACUGGCCGUGGAUACUCUUCACAAAGAGCCAAUGCCGGUUCUGGUUCUGGUUCCGGACAAAGAUACGGCAAAAGUGAAGGAUACGGUAAGAGUCAAGGAUACGACUCUGACUUAGGUAGUGGAAGUAAGGCCGAUUAUGGUGGCUCCGGUCAAGGUUACGCCCAGAACACUCAAUACGGCUCUGGUCAAGGAACCGAUGACUACGGUGAAAGCUACGGACGUGGAGGCGGUGUUGGUUCUUAUGGAAACACUGGUUCCACAGUCGGUGCCUACAGCACUGGCGACGACUACGGCACUGGUGGUGAUUCUUAUGGCUCUACCGGUGAUUACAGAGGUGGUAACUACAGCACUUCUGGUGGUGGUUACGGCUCCGGUGCCGAUACUUACGGAUCCACUGGCGGUUCCAAAGGCGGUAGCUACGGCGGUGCUGGCGACUAUGGUGCCGGCGAUGAUUCUUAUGGAUCCACUGGCGGAGCACUGGCGACGACUACGGCACUGGUGGUGAUUAUGGUGGUGGCAGAGGUGCAAACACAUACAACGCAUCUGAUCAACCCACUACUGGAGCUAGCCAAGGAAACUACAAUACUACCGGUGAGCAAUGCUGACAACUUGGGUGAAGAGGGACAAUAUGGCUCUAAAGCCGAUCAAUCCGCUGGCGGUUCCAAGGGUGAAGGCUACAACGCUGGUAAAUACACCACAGACCCUACCUCCACCUCCAGCAGAGCGGGAGGUGCUGAUAACGCCGGUCAAAACUUGAGUCAAAGUGGAGGUCAAAAGUUAGACCAGGCUGGCAACACCACCCAAGGCGGAAAGAGUGCCGCUCAAGGUGGUAAGUCUCAAGCUCAGGAUUUGGGCAACGAUGUUCAACACCACGCUUCUUUCGCCUCAAGAAUGAAGGGAGGCGUCGAGAAGAUGUUUGGUAAAAUGACUCGUGAUGAUGAACUCGUCCAAAAGGGAGAAACCAUGAAGUCAGGCGGAAGCCGCUUGUAA